AUGGAUAAUAUACAAUAUGAGGGGAAAAUUAACCAAAUUCUUAGGGAUGAAACUAGAUAUGCUUGUGUUUCUAGGAAUGAGGUAAAUUUGGCCUAUCAUAAAAUAGACACAAGACUUGAAGAUAUGGUAUAUGAAGGGAAUAUAGACAAAAAAACACAUGAUUAUUUAAUAUUGGUAGAGAAACCAAAAAUUCCUGUCAUAUUCAGAAUUCCCAAAAUUCAUAUAAACCUUAAAAACCCACCCUUUAGGCCUAUUGUAUCUGCUGAUGGAUCAGAAACCACAACUCUGGCAAAAUUUGUGGAUACAAAGGUGAAACAUAUCUGUGUAAACAAAAAAGUCAUAUUAAAAGACUCUUGGGAUUUAUUAAGGGAAUUAACUUCAGAUUUAUAUACUGAAAAUUUAAUAUUUGUAACUGUUGAUAUAGCCGACCUGUUCUCCUCUAUACCCUAUUCAACAGGAAUGAAUAUGUUUGAGGAAAUUGUUUUCAAAAACAGUCCUUUGAAAACUCCACUGCAAGUUUUGGAUGUUGCCAACUGCUGCCUGACUCAUGUGGACAUGGCAUAUCUAGCAAAUAGCCUUCAUUCAGAACAUCUGGUGGAACUGGACCUUAGUGGCCACAGUGUAACAGAACUCUUCCCUUCAACCUUCUUCAAGCUGCUGAAUCGUGCAUCCCAUACCCUAAAGAGACUGACUCUGGAGGAGUGUAACAUUGGGGACGGGCAGAUCAACAUGAUGAUUUUAGGUUUAGUUUCCUGCCGUAGGCUCCAGGAGUUCAGGUUCAUUGGUAAUCCCAUAUCAUCCAGAGGCCUGAAACGAUUAUUCAACAUGUUUAUUGGUCUUCCACAACUCCAGUAUGUUGAGUUUCCUGUCCCUCGGGAAUGCUACCCUGAUGAUGUCACUUAUCCUUUAGAUGAGACAACUCUUUCAAGUUAUGAUCGCAACAAAUAUGAAGAUAUAAGGGCAGAACUUCAGUUAAUACUAGUUCAUGCAAACCGUGAAGAUAUUUCAGUGUCAACACCUCUGUUUGGGAGUUUUGAUCCUAACAUUCAUGAAACCAGCUAUGAACUAGGGGUAGGCAUGCUCCAGUCCUUCAAAGAUGCUCUCGCCAGCUUUGUGACAUCACUAAAAAAUGUGAAUUAAGUUAUUCAAUUAGUCAAGACAGGAUUUUUGUUUGACUAUUUUUAAGUUGUGCUUCAUUUUAUUUUUUGUGUACUGGACACAAUCUCACUGCACCUUCUAGCCCAAUGACAUUAUUUGUGAGUUAAAAUAUAACCACUGCUAGCCUGGUGAGCUGCUUACAGUAUGACCUCAGGAAAGGAGCUGCAGAUGCCAGAGCACAUCACCAGACUAUACUUGUGAUUUCAUUGGCUAGCUGCUGUUUUCAUUCUCUAGGGUGUUGGAGUCCACUGACAUAUAUGCUUGUACAGUGACCUGAGACACAUAUGUAAACCUGUCAUCGGGAGACUGCCUAUGGCCUAGUAUGGAGUAUUACACAAAGCAGCCUAUUCAAAUGGUACUCAGUUAAUGGGGUGUAGCAUUCUACCUAUCCUAUGUAGAAGUCAGAACAACUAACUAUAUACAAAUAGCUGUGUCUGCUUGUAAAUGAAAACAACAGCAUAUAUGCACCUAUAUUGUUGCGCAACCUAACCUGUCUUUUGUCCCUAACAGUGAAUGUUGCUGUAAGGUCAGACAGAACAUAUUUGUAAAAGGUGAAAACAUUCGAUAGAAGUGGUUUGGGAUAUGUACAUUUUGAAACUGUUCAUUUUCCUUUUUAUGGAGGACAUUUUAAUAUCACUACAAGCUGAGUGUCUCAAAGGCAUCUCUCUAUAUCCUCUAACCUGCUCCAUAAACAGCAACAAAUAAUUAAAAUCUGCAAACACUGUGAAUUACAGCAUUUUGACUCAUCUGACAUACUCUGACAUGCUCACAUAGAGUGGACUUACUUUUGUGCCUUUUAGUGCAUUAUAUCUGUCAUUUGAAUUGGUACUCCAUGAUGUACUGGGAAAAUAAAUACUCCAUUUUAUCUCA